AUGCAGUCUCCGGAAGAGGUCAAGGCUGCUUCUUCUCAAACCGGUGCAUCCUCCGCCGCUCAGCCAGUCUUGAACCCCCUCGCUGCCCACCCGGUUGACGCCAAUCCGGCUGCCACCGCCCAAGAUGCCUCGCGAGGACAGUCCGCCUCCGCCUCCGCCGCCUCCGCCGAACUCGCCAGUGCAAAGAUAACUCUCAAGUCGGCUUUGCGCCACUUCAUGGACUUCCCUAUCAAGGGAAUCGACUUUGUCGACAUUAUGCCGCUUUUCGUGGACCCCGUCGUCCACCGCACCUUGCACACCGCGCUUGACCUGCAGGUUCAGGAAAGCUUUACGUCCAAGCCCGAUAUCGUCGUGGGCCUGGAUGCCCGAGGUUUCCUUUUCGGUCCCGGUCUCGCCCUUCGCCUUGGCGUCAGCUUUGCCCCGGUCCGAAAGAAGGGCAAGCUCCCCGGCCCGUGCGUAACCGCCGCGUACGAGAAGGAGUAUGGCACGGAUUUCUUCCAGAUGCAAUCUGAUGCGAUUAAGCCUGGCCAAAAGGUCUUGAUUGUCGAUGACAUUAUUGCGACUGGUGGUUCUGCGGCCGCUGCGGCCGACCUUGUAAAGCAGAUGCAAGGUGAAGUAAUCGGUUACUUGUUCCUGCUUCAGAUUGAGGGUUUGAACGGCAGGGAGAAGCUCGGCAAUAUUCCCUCUCACAUCAUGCUGGAGGGUGCGUAG